AUGCUGGCCCGGGGCAGUGGCCCCGAGCAGAGGUCCAGGCUUGCCCUGCAGUGGAGGCAGAUCUCCUGGAUCACCUGCUGGAUCAUGCUGUAUGCUGUGGAGGCCCUCCCUGCCUGCCCCUUCUCCUGUAAGUGUGACAGCCGCAGCCUGGAGGUGGAUUGUAGUGGCCUAGGCCUCACCAUGGUGCCCCCCGACUUGCCCGCUGCCACCCGAACCCUCUUACUCUUGAACAAUAAGCUGAGUGCCCUGCCAAGCUGGGCAUUCGCCAAUCUGUCCAGCCUGCAACGGCUGGACUUAUCCAACAACUUCCUGGACCAGCUGCCCCGGUCCCUUUUUGGGGACCUGACGAAUCUUACGGAGCUGCAGCUGCGCAAUAACAGCAUCAGGACCCUGGACAGGGACCUGCUGCAGCACUCGCCCCUGCUCCGCCACCUGGACCUGUCCAUCAACGGGCUGGCCCAGUUGCCCCCUGGCCUUUUUGAUGGACUCCCAGCGCUGCGCUCCCUGUCACUUCGCUCCAACCGUCUGCAGAACCUGGACCGGCUGACGUUUGAACCCCUCGCAAGCCUGCAGCUGCUGCAGGUUGGGGACAACCCCUGGGAGUGUGACUGUAACCUGCGUGAUUUCAAGCACUGGAUGGAGUGGUUUUCCUACCGAGGGGGGCGCCUGGAUCAGCUGGCCUGCACCCUACCCAAGGAGCUGAGGGGGAAGGACAUGCGUGUGGUCCCCAUGGAGAUGUUCAACUACUGCUCCCAGUUGGAGGACGAGAAUAGCUCAGCUGGGCUGGAUAUUCCUGGGCCACCCUGCACAAAGGCCAGCCCCGAACCCGCUAAGCCCAAGCCAGGGGCGGAGCCUGAGCCAGAGCCCAGCACAGCCUGCCCCCAGAAGCAGCGGUAUCGGCCGGUGAGCGUGAGGCGGGCCAUCGGCACGGUGAUCAUCGCGGGGGUUGUCUGUGGCAUUGUCUGCAUCAUGAUGGUGGUGGCAGCUGCCUAUGGCUGCAUCUAUGCCUCCCUCAUGGCCAAGUACCACCGGGAGCUCAAGAAGCGGCAGCCCCUCAUGGGGGACCCGGAGGGUGAGCACGAAGACCAGAAGCAGAUCUCUUCUGUGGCCUGA